GGCCGCGUCAUCCGCCCGCCCCUGGGCGGGCUGGCUCUCGGCAACGGUUCUCGGGCUCUAAGGGGAGGAGGAAAAAGAGAAGGAGGGACCAGAUUUGGCUGCCUGGGCGGAGUGGGGCGGGAAGGAGCCCAGGACGCGGCCCCGGCCAACGCACUGAUCCUGCCCUGGCUGAACAAGCCCAGCCAUUCGUACACAUCUUUUCAAAUCCUUGAAGUCAGUCUUCAUGUUCUCCAAUAAGUCUGGGAUGUGGUGAUGGCAACCCCAGAGAGGGACAGCCAAGAGGCCAGGGAGAUCCCUGAGCCAGCCAGAGAAGCAAAGCCAACUCCACCCACAGGAAAGGAGCUAGAAGAAGCAAGCCGCUUUGCCUAUACUGCUCUUUGUGGGAUGUCCCUAGCUUGGUUAUUUCCAGAGCCAGAACAAAGCUCCUUCCGAAUAGAAUAUGUGGAAGGCCUAGUGAAAUGGCUGCAGUUACCAGAAAGUGUCCUCCCAUCCAUCGUAGCCUUUGCCAGUGGCCUGGGAGGAGAACAAGAAGAGGCAUUUGCAGAAAUCUUAUUGAAGGAUCCAGUCUUGAGAAAUGAUCCACUGGUGAUUACUCAGGAUCUUCUGGCCUUCUCUCUCAGGAAUGGCUCUUAUGAUGCUCGAGCCAGGGUACUUGUCUGCCGUGUCACCCACCUGCUAAAAAUACCUCCAACGGAGCUGGAGAACCUGGAAGAAAUGUUGCUGGAAAGGCUGAAGGAAAUACAAGAAGAAGAGACUGAAGCUGCUGAAGCUUUAAGAAAAAAGAAAGAAAAUUGGAACAAAUGGAAACGUUAUCUCCUAAUUGGCCUAGCCACAGUUGGAGGUGGGACAGCAAUAGGUGUGACGGGUGGUCUGGCUGCCCCAUUAGUGGCUGCAGGAGCAGCCACUAUCAUUGGUACCACAGGUGCAGCUGCUUUGGGCUCCAUGGCAGGCAUUGCAGUCAUAACCUCUCUUUUUGGAGCUGCAGGAGCAGGUCUGACAGGCUACAAGAUGAAGAAGCGAGUGGGCGCCAUAGAAGAAUUUGAGUUCUUACCGCUCACGGAUGGCAAACAGCUCCAUAUAACCAUCGCCGUCACUGGCUGGCUCUGCUCCGGUAAAUACGGAAUGUUCUCGACACCCUGGGCCAGCCUAGCCCGGAGCAGCGAGCAGUACUGCCUGGCCUGGGAAUCUAAGUACCUGAUGGAGCUGGGCAAUGCCCUGGAGACCCUGCUCAAUGGCCUUGUGAAUAUGAUGACUCAAGAAGCCCUGAAAUAUACGAUCCUGUCUGGUAUCUUGACAGCGUUGACUUGGCCAGCUUCCCUCCUCACUGUAGCCAACAUCAUCGACAACCCUUGGGGGGUCUGCCUUCACAGGUCUGCCGAGGUCGGCAAACACCUGGCCCACGUGCUGCUCAGCCGACAGCAGGGUAGACGACCUGUCACUUUGAUUGGCUUCAGCCUGGGAGCAAGAGUCAUUUACUUCUGUUUGCAAGAGAUGGCUCAGGAGGAAGAUUGCAAAGGGAUCAUCGAGGACAUCAUCCUGCUUGGAGCACCAGUGGAAGGAGAAGCCAAGUACUGGAAGCCUCUCCAGAAGGUGGUGUCUGGGAGAAUCAUCAAUGGUUACUCCAGGGGAGACUGGCUGCUGGGUUUUGUGUACCGGACGUCCUCCGUGCAGCUGAAAGUGGCCGGCCUCCAGCCCGUCACCCUGGAUGACAGGAGAAUGGUCAAUGUGGACUUGUCAUCCGUGGUCAGUGGCCAUCUGGACUACAUGAAUAAAAUGGACACCAUCCUGAAGACUGUGGGGAUUCGCACCAGAGAAGACAGCCUAGGAGACAAGAUUUUCGCCAUCGCUCCCAGUCUCCAGGGUAGAGAGGAGCUGCCAUCAAAAACCUCAGAGCCUCCAAAAGAGGAUGCAGCCAUACACCCAAAGGACACCAUCCACCCCAGCUACCAGAGCCAGGACCCUACCACGAGCUAUUGGCCUAUCCAGGACAGGAGAGUCACAGACCAUUCCACGGUCUCUCCCGAGCCUGAGCCUGGUCAGUCCCAGAGCCCAGAUGAGGCCUACCAUUUAGACCACCCUCCCAUCUGCAGUCACAUCAUGGGCCCAAACCCACUGGGAUGCCCAGACUGUGCCAACAACACCAAGGUAGACAGCCCUGAGCUCAACUGAGUUGGGGGAAGUGGAAGAUUUCCCCCUCCCUGGAAUUCUCCUUCAAGGGUCUUUCUCCUACCGUCUGUCCCCUGGCAGAGCCAGGUAAGGGGGUGGCGCUUGCUCCUGGAUAUUGGGUAUUCUGGAGCUAGAGAGAGUUUUGAAGGUCUUUGACUCUGGGAAAACAAGAGUAAGGAGUCAAGGAACUGGAGGUUGAGGGGCUCAAAGAAAUGAGCGCCUUUUACAGGUCAAUUCUUCAGUAAGUUUUAAAACUGUUAAGCCAAUAAGACAUUUUCUCAUACUUCUUGCCAAUAUCAUAUGGAAAGGUCAGCUGAGGACAAUGAAGAUGGGCCUGGGGUCAGGGUGGGUAUGGUGAGAUGCUAGUAUUGUACCUCUGUUGAGUUGUACUGGCUUUUCUUGUUUCAUAUCCAUUGUUACAGGCUGAUAUUUGUACGUGGAAGCUCUUAGAAACCAGAGAGGUGAUGUUUUGGGCCAGGGAACAUCUAGAGAGGGAAAGGGCAAUCACAGACAUACCCUUCCUAUUGCAGAGAGGACUAAUGGCUAUAGAGAUUACCAACACUGUCUGACGACCAAUCUGGUGAUGAGAUGAGUGACACCAGGCAAGGAUUUCUUGGAGCUGGGAGAGGGGAAAUAAAGUCUCUCAUAUUCAGAGGUCA